UAAGUCGUUCAUUGUAGAGCACUGGGCCCAGGAUGAGGCCCCAUGGUACCCCGCUUGUUACCUCCGCCCCAGUUUGAGAAGGAACCAAUAAUGAGCACUCGCUGGGUACGAUUCUGUAGCCAACUGUAGAUCCACCUGAUAGUCGUUCCAUCCAGCCCACAUUUAGCUAUGGGUACAUUUGGAUUAAGAGGAUACAGUACAGUCUUGGUUAAAGAUCUUGCCGCUUCCUGACCUAACAAAAGGAAGACUUGCUAUGGACCACCUGAAUGAAGGUUCCAGAUGAUUGCUUGCCCCUGAUAGUUUUCCAGCGUGUGGCUGAGAAACAACCUGCUGCUUCAGAGAUGGAAGAGAAGAAGAAGAAGAAGAAGAGCCCGAAGGCCCACCUAGCUCAGGCAGUCCCAGCAAGUGCUGUCCGCAAGUUGCCAGUCCCUGCUAGCAAGAGCACCUCUUUCUCCCUGGGGAUGCCUCAUCUCCCUUCUCCAAAGCAAGGAGCCAAGUUUAAGAGAGCGAACAAGGAGAAACCACGAGCCCCCCAGCUUGGUGGCAGUGCAGGGGCAGCAAUGGCCACCCCCCUGCAGCACUUGUUCCUGACUGAUGUCUCUGAUGUGUAUGAGAUGGAGGGUGGUCUCCUGAACCUGCUGAAUGACUUCCAUUCUGGAAAGCUGCAGGCUUUUGGGAAGGAAUGUUCUUUUGAGCAACUAGAGCAUGUUCGGGAGAUGCAAGAGAAAUUGGCUCGACUGCAUUUCAGCCGGGAUGUCUGUGUGGAGGAACUCGCUGAGGACCAGAAAAAAACUGUGGCUGACAGGAACCUAGAUCAGCUGCUGACAAAUCUGGAAGAACUCAGCAACUCAAUUCAGAAGCUCCACCUGGCAGAAAAUCCUGACUUGGAGGAGGCGUCGACAGUCAAGAACAGGAAGCAGGAGGAGGCUGCCUGAGUUUUCACUCGACCUUUUUCAGGAAGAAGCCUCAAAAAGAGGACGCUGUGAAGCGAAGGAGCGAAGGAGACCCUUGCACCGAAGCUGCUUCUGGGCUGCACAAAGAGAGAACGUGGGGGAAAUGUAGAUGAUGUAGGAUGGCAGGGAUGUGGGAAACAACCUCAGCAGAGAGAAAAAAGUGGAAAAGGAACCAUCUCCUGGGCAGCUAACUGGAAGGAUGACAGCGCUAUGCAAAAGCGGUAUGGAAGGUAGCUGAGCUGCCAGGGAAUUGGAUCUCCUGCACCUCACAACUGCAGGUGAACUGAGAGAGCUGUACUGUAGUGCCCUGUUGACAUUGCAAUGGAUGCUGAGAGACCCCUUUUGGGCCAUGCAGGGCUCUGGCUUUGGCUGGCAAAAUGCCUUGUGCCAACUGAGAGUGAUGCACACUCUGGGAUUUGGCUGGCUACAGACAUCUCUUAGAAUCAGAAUCACCUGCUUUUUCCCUCCCACAGCUCCAGACCAGUUCUCUCUCUCUCUCUCUCUCUCUCUCUCUCUCUCUCUCUCUCUCUCUUUUUCCAUGAAUACCAUGUAACUUGUCUAUGAUGCAGAAACUGCUAUGCAAAUGUAUAAAAGUAACUUGUACCCUUUGUUCGGGGCAUCAGUCUGUUUUGUGACUGGGGUCUUAGUUCUGAACUAAUAAAUUGCUGCUACUUUACUCCCUGUCAAAUGGCUGUUGUUUGCAGUACCUAGAAAGAAUCCCAAAGGGAAUAUUUUCUCUUACAUCAGAGCACAUGUACUCUCCACCCCCUUUAACACCCAGAGAGGGCCAGCCUUCUGCCAGUUACAGACUCACUCUGAUGGCAUCUAGUGACUCUCUCCUAGCUCUUACCCUGUGCAGGAAACCGUACAUGUGAUUUAGGCCCUUCCCACUAUCUAAUCCAGGCUGGAAAAAAAUAGACG